UCCGACCACCCCGUCAGCGCCCGAAGGGGCGGGGGCCGACGGCCGGAGAGCUCACCCGAGGGCACCCUCCCACCCCCGCGCCUCUGGGCGCACGCGCAGCAGCGGCCGCCUCCCGUAUUUAGUCCGCGAUGGCUUCUCGCGCGCCCCACCGUCCUCCUCCCGAAGGCGGCUCCCUCCCCGUGCCGCACGGGGCCCCCGGGACCAGCCUCGAGCGGGUCCCCGAGCAGGAGUACCCCUAAACUGGAACGGCGGUGGCCGGACGCGCGCGUGGGGAAAAGAAGCGGCAACCGGAAAGAGCUGACGGGUCGCCAGCCGGCGAGCCAGGCCUCAGAGGAAGAGGAAGGCCGGGGCGAGCCGAGCUGUCACGACCGGAGGGGGGACUCGCAGCCUUACCAGGCACUUAAGUAUUCAUCGAAGAGUCACCCCAGUAGUGGUGAUCACAGACAUGAAAAAAUGCGAGACGCCGCAGAUCCUUCACCACCAAAUAAAAUGUUGCGGAGAUCUGAUAGUCCUGAAAACAAGUAUAGUGACAGCACAGGUCACAAUAAGGCCAAAAAUGUGCAUAUUCACAGAAUUAGAGAGAGGGAUGGUGGGACCAGUUACUCUCCACAAGAAAAUUCACACAACCACAGUGCUCUUCAUAGUUCAAAUUCACAUUCUUCUAAUCCAAGCAAUAAUCCAAGCAAAACUUCAGAUGCACCUUAUGAUUCUGCAGAUGACUGGUCUGAGCAUAUUAGCUCUUCUGGGAAAAAGUACUACUACAACUGUCGAACAGAAGUUUCACAGUGGGAAAAACCAAAAGAGUGGCUUGAAAGAGAACAGAGACAAAAAGAAGCAAACAAGAUGGCAGUUAAUAGCUUCCCAAAAGACAGAGAUUACAGAAGAGAGGUGAUGCAAGCAACAGCCACUAGUGGAUUUGCCAGUGGAAUGGAAGACAAGCAUUCCAGUGAUGCCAGUAGUUUGCUCCCACAGAAUAUUUUGUCUCAAACAAGCAGACACAAUGACAGAGACUACAGACUGCCAAGAGCAGAGACUCACAGUAGUUCUACGCCAGUACAGCACCCCAUCAAACCAGUGGUUCAUCCAACUGCUACCCCAGGCACUGUUCCUUCUAGUCCAUUUACUCUACAGUCUGAUCACCAGCCAAAGAAAUCUUUUGAUGCUAAUGGAGCAUCUACUUUAUCAAAACUGCCUACACCCACAUCUUCUGUCCCUGCACAGAAAACAGAAAGAAAAGAAUCUACAUCAGGAGACAAAUCUGUAUCACAUUGCACAACUCCUUCCACGUCUUCUGCCUCUGGACUGAAUCCCACAUCUGCACCUCCAACAUCUGCGUCAGCGAUCCCUGUUUCUCCCGUUCCACAGUCACCAAUACCUCCAUUACUUCAGGACCCAAAUCUUCUUAGACAGUUGCUUCCUGCUUUGCAAGCCACGUUGCAACUUAAUAAUUCUAAUGUGGAUAUAUCCAAAAUAAAUGAAGUUCUUACAGCAGCUGUGACACAAGCCUCAUUGCAGUCUAUAAUUCAUAAAUUUCUUACUGCUGGACCAUCUGCUUUCAACAUAACUUCUUUGAUUUCUCAAGCUGCUCAGCUUUCUACACAAGCUCCACCAUCUAAUCAGUCUCCAAUGUCUUUAACGUCUGAUGCAUCAUCCCCAAGAUCAUAUGUGUCUCCAAGAAUAAGCACACCUCAAACUAACACAGUCCCUAUCAAACCUUUGAUUAGUACUCCUCCUGUUUCAUCACAGCCAAAGGUUAGUACUCCAGUAGUUAAGCAAGGACCAGUUUCACAGUCAUCCACACAGCAGCCUGUAACUGCUGACAAGCAGCAAGGUCAUGAACCUGUCUCUCCUCGAAGUCUUCAACGCUCAAACAGCCAGAGGAGUCCAUCACCUGGUCCAAAUCAUACUUCUAGUAGUAAUGUAUCAAAUGCAGCCGUUGUACCACAGAAUUCUUCUGCCCGACCAACAUGUUCUUUAACACCUACGCUAGCAGCACAUUUCAAUGAAAAUCUCAUAAAACAUGUUCAAGGAUGGCCUGCAGAUCAUGCAGAGAAACAGGCUUCAAGAUUGCGAGAAGAAGCCCAUAACAUGGGAAGUGUUCACAUGUCUGAAAUUUGUACUGAAUUAAAAAAUUUAAGAUCUUUAGUCCGAGUAUGUGAAAUUCAAGCAACUUUGCGAGAGCAAAGGAUACUGUUUUUGAGACAACAAAUUAAGGAACUCGAAAAGCUAAAAAAUCAGAACUCCUUCAUGGUGUGAAGAUGUGAAUAAUUGCACAUGGUUUUGAGUACAGGAACUGUAAAUCUAUUGCCCAAUCUUAACAUUUUUGAGCUGCAUUUAAAGUAGACUUUGGACCGUUAAGCUGGGCAAAGGAAAUGACAAGGGGACGGGGUCUGUAAGUCAAUUCAGGGGAAAGAUACAAGAUUGAUUUGUAAAACCCUUGAAAUGUAGAUUUCUUGUAGAUGUAUUCUUCACGUUGUAAAUAUGUUUUGUAGAGUGAAGCCAUGGGAAGCCAUGUGUAACAGAGCUUAGACAUCCAAAACUAAUCAAUGCUGAGGUGGCUAAAUACCUAGCCUUUUACAUGUAAACCUGUCUGCAAAAUUAGCUUUUUUAAAAAAAUUUGGGGGGUUAAUUUAUCAUUCAGAAAUCUUGCAUUUUCAAAAAUUCAGUGCAAGCGCCAGGCGAUCUGUGUCUGAGGAUACGAUUUUUGAACCAUAUGGGCAGUGUACAAAAUAUCAUGAAACAGCUGUUUCCACACUUGCACCUGAUCAAGAGCAGUGCUUCUCCAUUUGUUUUGCAGAGAAAUGUUUUCCAUUUCCCAUGUGUUCCAUUUCCCUAAAACCCUUGAUCUGAUUUUAUCCAUUUUUUUAAGGCUCCUCUUUUUCUCCUUUCUUAAGGCACUGUUGCUAUGGCACUUUUCUAUAACCUUUUCAUUCCUGUGUACAGUAGCUUAAAAUUGCAGUGAUUGAGCAUAACCCACUUGUUUGUAUAAAUUAUUGAAAUCCAUUUGCACCCUGUAAGAAUGGACUUAAAAGUACUGCUGGGCAUGUGUGCUGAAAGUACAUUGAUUGCUCAAAUAUAUGGAAAUGGCCCAAUGAACAUGGUUGUGGGAGGGGAAAGAGGAAACAAAGCUAGUCAGAUGUGAAUUGUAUCUGUUGGAAUAAACAUGUUAAAACAAACAAAAAUUGUUAUUUUUCCUUUCCUUCGGUCAGUGCUUAUUAUUAGAAUUUUUAACUACCUGGGGAUUCUUUAUCAGAACUAUUCUUGUUGAAUAUUUAUACUUAAUCGGAGUAAUUCCUUAAGGGAGGUUUUGUUUAAAGCAUAGUCACAGGAAAUUGUGUAUAAGAUAUUUAAUGAAAUACGAAAUUCAACAAGAAUGAUUAAGUCACUUCCCAAGUGGUUGUCAUUUGUUAAAUCCUGGUUUACCUGUCUUGCUAUUAUGACAUUUCAUUUUGAAGGAUGUUUGUGUUGUAGCUAACUGUUCAAGUCUGGUGCUGACUGCUGUUCUUAGCCAUCACAAAACGCUAAAUUUGUGUAAUUGGAGCUUCCUGCUGUUAUCUGGAAUGGUGGGAAAGCUCAGCUUUGUAUAUUGUUUCCUAAAGUAUAUUAAAAUAAAAAAAGAAACUAUUGCUACUAUAAAAUUACCUUGGCUUUUUUUUUUUUUCAUUGCUAAAAUAUUGGUCUCGUGGCCAAAAAAACAUGACACUGCCAGUAUUAUAUCAAAUCACAAGGGUUUCUUUAUGCAUUAAAAUCUUUUAAUUUCAAAAUCUUAAUUUAGAAACUUUUUUCUUUCCUGUGAGGCAGACAUAUUCAUGUGCUUUCAGAACUGCCAGCACCAAGGGCUUAUUUUGUGAUGUUAGAUGUUGAUAUCACAUUCUGGGAUACUAAAGUUUUGAAGUUGCUCUUAUGAUUUAAACAUUUAAAAUACUAAAGAUAACGCUGAGACUUUUCAAUAAAUUUUUUUAAGCAAACUGUAAGCAAUAGUAUGGGCAAUAUUUUCUAAAAUACAAGAAUGUUUCAGUGUAAUUAAAAGGUACUAAAAUCUACUGGAAGUUGGCUUUUUUUUUAUUGUAACUUGAAAAUACUUUUAAAAUGUAAGAAAAGACAUGUCAUAAAUUAUAUCAUGAAUUGUUCAUAUCUGUGAAAUUGUUAACAAACAUUUGCUGGACUUGAUUAGUGCAUGUAAAUGAAAUUCUGACGAGCUGUGUUAAGUGAGAACCCUUACUGCUGUGGCCCUGUAUUUUUCCUGGAAAGAAGUGAGCAAUUUGUUAUGUAGUAGGCAAAUGUUUCCUAAUCAGAUGGCAACUUGACUUUUGACUUAAGGUAAAUUGGAUUUGACUUGCUAGUAGUUUAUUUAUGUCACCUUUUAUUAUGUCACCUUACUCCUUUACUUUAAAAAAAAAAAUGUUUACAUACUUAAAUGAAUCAUACACAUAAAUAGACGAGAUGCCUAAUUUGAAAUUUCUUGGUGAAUUUUUAAACACAGAAAAUUAAAAUUUUUGUGGAAAAUAUUUUUACAAUAUUUGAUUCACUUAUUCUGUAGUGCACUUUAAUACAGAUAUGGUGUCCAGCUACUAAACGUUUAGCUAGCCAGGAGUAUUUAUUAGAAUAGGCAUGAUGUAAUACCCAAAACAAUUCUUUAUCUAGUCGACCUAUUGCUGUGACCUGUAUCUCAUCUUGGUGGGCACCUUGGUUCAGACGUUUGAAAACAAAUACAAAUAGUCCCUAGGAAACCUCAGGGGUUUUACUUUUUAUAUUUGUUUUAACAGAGACGUUAGUCUUAUAUUCAAACCAUAAAACCAAGAUACUGGAAUAAAAUGUGAAGAUGGGUCCAUUGGAAAGUCUACCCUGGAAGAACCAGCUUCCCUACCAUUUUCUUUCUGUUUAAGCCAUUUUGACUUAAUUUUGAAACUUGGGCUAUAACUCCAUUGAAAAAUACAGUUUUUAAAAAUGUGCUUUAUCUUCUAAAUUUUAUGUUUCACACUUGUAAGAUCUUGGCAAGGAGGGCUUACAAUAUUGCAAAGAGUAAAUUGUUAACCCAUUUCAAAAGCAAUCUAUUGUUCUGUUCAAACACAACCUUAGCUUCUAGGGAUUUCCAUGGGGCGGGGGAAGGGUACAGGGUGCAAAAUAAUUCACUGCAAACUAUUGUAGUUCAGAAUUAAAGCUACUGUAUUUAGAUGUGGGGUUUGAAUAUACAGAUUUCUUUUCAAUACCUGUAAAUAUGGCUAUAUUCUUGUAUUUGUACUGGAGUGUACAAAAUGACACUUAAAAGUAAUAAAUAUGUUUUG